AAUAAAAACUACCACGUUAUAUGCAAAUAUUGCCGUCUUGAUGUGCCUGUUCAUGUAGCCUGCGUUUCUUAUCGGCGAUUAUUGACCGCCGUACGAGCUUCCGUUUUCAGAUCCGGUGCGCUGUCUUUAAAAACAGACACAGUAAUGGUUUAAAGGAACGAGAGACAGCAUGUCCAGCCCUCCUUGCGUGAUGUUUGGCCAGGUGGUGAUUGGUCCCCCAGGCUCUGGUAAGACAACCUACUGUCUGGGCAUGCAGGAGUUUCUGACAAAGCUAGGUCGUAAGGUUGUGGUGGUGAACCUUGACCCCGCCAAUGACGGCCUUCCUUACCAGUGCUCGGUGGACAUUGCAGAGCUGGUGACUCUCGAUGCUGUCAUGGACGGGCUAAAACUGGGGCCCAAUGGCGGGCUGAUAUACUGCAUGGAGUACCUGGAGGCCAAUUUUGAUUGGCUGGAGAAGAAACUGGAACAGUUCAAAGGCUGCUAUUUUCUUUUUGACUGCCCUGGACAGGUGGAACUUUACACACACCAGAACUCGGUGAAGAAUAUUUUUGCACAGCUGACAAAGUGGAAUUUUAGGCUGACUGCUGUCCACUUGGUGGAUUCCCAUUACUGUGCAGACCCUGCCAAGUUCAUCUCGGUGCUGUGCACCUCGCUGUCCACCAUGCUGCAUGUGGAACUGCCCCAUGUGAACAUCCUUUCCAAGAUGGAUUUAAUGGAGCAGUUUGGCAAACUCGCAUUCAACCUUGACUAUUACACUGAAGUGCUGGAUCUCUCGUAUUUGUUGGAGCAUUUGGCCUCAGACCCGUUUUUCAAGAAGUUCAAACGCCUGAAUGAAAAGCUUGUGGAAUUGAUUGAAGAUUACAGUCUGGUGUCCUUUGUACCGUUAAAUGUGCAGGACAAGGAGAGUAUGGUCCAGGUGAUGAAGGUGGUGGAUAAAGCAAACGGGUACUGCUUCGGGGAUCUGGAAGAAAGAAGCAUGGAGGCAAUGAUGUCAGCAGCAGUGGGAGCAGAUUUUCAUUUUGCUUCGACCUUGGCUGUGCAGGACAAGUAUUUGAAAUCGAAUACAAAGACAGUGGAAGAGGAGGUGAUGGAUCUGUAGGGCCAAGCACAGUACACGUGUGGGUCUUCUGACCACGCUGAAGAAAAUGUCUAUACCUUCCUUCAAGGGCUUCAAGUAUUGUGCUUGGACACACACACUUGGUGAAACCAUUCAUGGCUCUGAAAAGACCACACAAAUUAUGAUUCCUUUUUACCUCCACAAGGGGGCAAAGUGCCGCAUUAGCAAUGGAGCUGCAGGAUUGCCUCCAGAAAGCAUUCUCGGUGAUUAGGAUUUGGGUCUUGCGCAAAACUGUUGAACCCCGAUGUAUUAAGAGCUAUGAAAGCUGUAGAAAUGUAUUUUUUCUAUUGUUAAAUUCCACAGCCGGGUCUGGCUCACUGCAUAGGAGUCCUGCAUCUGAUUGGAGAUUAAUUACAAAGGCAUUUGCUAAAACAUUUGUCUUGACUUGGAAAUUGUAAAAUGGCAUGCAAUAAAAAUAGCAAUAGAUUCAUCGGUCCAUAAGAACACAUGCUUGUUAAGCCGUUACCUUCUCGAAGGAAAUGUCAGGCAUUAGGACCCGCUGAAGAUGGAGUGCCGGUGGUCAGAGAAAGUGUGCUCAGCUGACAACAAUGUCUCACUCAGGUCUGAAAAUGUCCUUCAUUAGGAAAACCACACAGAGAUCAGAGGAGCAGGCAGGGGCAACUGCAGGCUCAGCACACAGCCAGCCAAUGUGCAGCGGCAGUGUUAUACGCAUUGAGCUGUUUUAUCAUGGGGCACAAUAAAUUACAGAAGGUCCAAGAGGUUAUUGGGAUGAGGAACGCAGCAUUUGCAAAUGAUACUUGAUGAUACAGCUUGAGCAGGGUAGCACACUUUGCAGCACUAUGUUGUCAAGUUAAACAUCGCAGUUCAAUUAACAGUGGCAAACACUGACAGCCUCACAAGGAAACCCAGCCUCUUGCAUCUGUGUGUGUUUAAGAUGCAUCUGCUUGAUUAAGGAAGCCUGCCACUUGGAUUAUAGAAUCACAUACUGACAAUGAGAGAAUACAAACCGAUCAUGAAAACAUCAAUAAACUAAAGUCACAAAAUACUGUAAGAGCAGUCGGUCUAGGCACAGAUAAAACCUCAGACUGGCAGUAUCGCUUUCCAAGUGACCACAAACUCAGUAAAUGUUUGGCCAUUUUCUUAAGGUGCGUAUUUAGUAAAGUUCUUUCUUAGGAUUUUUACAUCUGUAAAUAGAAAAAAAACCAGUACAAAAGUUUGUACAUGAUAUUCAUAUGCCAAACUGAAAAUAUUGCCAGGCUGUUAAAGCCUUCUUAUUUUAAACCAGUGUUGACUGUCUCUCCGAGGCUGAAGGGUUAUUGGUCUGACACCAGCUUGCCAAAUUGUUCCACCCUUUGGGCCUCUCUGUAGCCAGAGCCUGCCCUGGAGGAAUUCAUUUGGAUUUCAUUGCUGAGCUGUUAAUCAUUCUCUAAACUGACACGUUCCUUCAGUGCGGUCAUGGGACAGUGUUAUUAUCCUCUGUUAACGUACCUGCAGACCUGUGUGAAGACUGUGUAGUUUGAAAUAUGCAUUUCACCUGGGGAAACCUCCUGGGCAAUGAGAUCUCACCACGUUCACUUUACAGUGAAAACUGCAGCGCUCCUUAAUUGUAGAAAUCUGACAUACUGUUACGUGUGUUGUACUUUGUAAGGGCCCUUCACUAAUUUACUGUUUUCCGAAUGUCAUGUUUUGUUUUUUUAUUGUGUGAAAUAACUAGAGAGCUCUGUGUUUGUGUCAGAUCUACUUAAUACAGCAAAUAAAAAUGGGAGAUCACAAGUUUGUGUGUGUAGACGAAAAAUGGAACCAAGGGGUGCUGUUUUCAAACUAAAAAGAAAAAGAACAUAAUAAAGUUAAAAAACAAAACUACAAUUAAACUCAAUUUUAAAGUAUUCUUGAUUUUCAUUAUUAUUAUUAUUAUUAUUAUUAUUAUUAUUAUUAUUAUUAUCAGGAUCAUCCAUCUAUACAAUGAAUACAGAGCAUGUUAGAAAGCAAACAUACAAAGCCUGGUAUCUUGCUCAUUGUGAGCUGUACUUAAUAAAAAUUGCGUAGAAUGA